CUUUCAACCCUUUCUCUGGGGACAACGGUUCUGUCUGGGAUACGAGAAAGAAUUCAAAAGUGCCUUUCAAGAAUUGUUCUGGACAGCAUCAACAACGAUCAGGCGCCAGCGCAAUCACAAUGCACAGGCCUAAAACAUUCCAUCCGCCUUGGAUCGACUUCUUUACAAGACCCUGUCCGUAUUACAUUAAGCAGCAUACAACGUUCCCCAAAUUCCCACUCUUACCGAAAGAGAUACAACUAAUGGUCUGGGCACACAUAAAGCCCAAGCCUCGCGCUGUUUACAUAGGAAUUGAGACCUGGAACCACCUCCAAGCUCUGGCAGGUGAUCCUUUGGAAGGUACCAUUCGUCUGGCACAAAUGCCGCCGGCAGUACUUAGAGCUACCUUCGAGGCUCGAUGUGCAGGACUUAAGAUCUAUCAACCAUUCCUAGACGUACUUCUGGGACAAGGUACUUCUUGUGUGUACUUCAAUUUCGACCUCGAUUACUUGCAAAUCAGUCUCGAUGCCUUUGAAUUGAUUUGCUGGGCUUACGCUCACAUUCACAUUGAGGACAAUCAACUCCCCAUGAUCAAGAGAUUGGUUGUCAACAUGCAAAAUAUAAAGCUUGGAGAGAAUUCCCUAGUAAAUAUCUGCAAGCACUUCUCCGGUCUCACGAAGCUUUAUAUCAUUGAAGCAGACACCGAAUACACGAAGGAGGGUGUGCCAUACACGUACCACCCCAAGCAAAAGUCUUUUAGACACGAUUGGACCAAGUUGCGCCGUCAGAUCAAAGCACCAAUUCCGUUUGUGCGAGAUCGACUGACGGAUUGGAGCCCACCGAUUCUUAUCAUUGGAUCACGAUCGCAAUGGAAAUGGAGGAGAGCAAGAGCAGAGCAAAGAAAAGAGUUUAUCUUGCAACGAGAAAGAACUGCUGGAGGAGACAUGGAUUGGAAGCCGACAGCCACUUUCCCUCGCCUUGAUUAUGUGCCAAUGUAUCAGGUAGCUGAUCCGAAGGUUACGUACAAUUUGGCCAUCGAGCCAGCACCAGAAGAAAAAAGGCGCUCAAAAGACUUGGUGACGGCUAAUAUUCUUUACGAUUGCGAGGGUUGGAGUGAGGGCGAGGAAAUGGAAAUUUGA